GUUGGUUGGCAUGGGGCCACUUCAGGUGCAACAUCGACUGCGCGGCGGACCCGUACAACUGCAUUUCCGAGCAAUUGUUCCAGCAGCAUGCGGACGUGAUGGCAAGAGACGGCUGGAAAGACGCUGGGUAUGUUUUGGUUGGCAUCGACGACUGUUGGUCGGACGAGUUACGCACCGAUGGAAAGUUAUCCGGCGAUCUAGAACGAUUCCCUUCCGGGAUGGCGGCCUUGGCGCAAUACGUCCACGACCGCGACCUGGAACUCGGAAUAUACGGGAGCGUGGGCAUUAUGACUUGCGAAGGCUACCUUGGCAUCUGCGCAGACGAGCAGUGUGAGAACGAUACGGCCGAUAUCGAUAUAUCAACUUUCGCGCAGUGGGAGCUGGAUGCUCUAAAGAUGGACGCAUGCGGGGUUGAUCAUACGCAGCAGGCUAUUGAUCGAGGGUACUUGGCCGUGCACCGUGCCCUACAACGCGCAGAACGCCGAGUAUUGUUUUCGUGCAGUUGGCCUUUCUAUCUUCGACAUUUUGGCUUCCACGUGAACUACACCGACAUCGCCCAGAUGUGCAACACCUGGCGCUCGUCUGGGGACAUGCAGAACAACUGGGACUCAGUGGUUGGUAUCGCCGAGUGGUACGCCGAGAGACAAGACGACAUCGUGUUGGCAACUGGCCCAGGGCGAUGGAACGAUAUGGACCAGCUUGUGAUAGGCAACGGGAAUCUGUCAAAGGAGCAGAUGCGCGCCCACAUGGCCAUAUGGUGCAUCGCCGCAUCCCCUCUCUGGAUGGGCAACGACCUACGUGACCUUUCAGGUGACGCCCGCGAGGUCUUAAUGAACCCCGAGAUCAUCAAAGUGAACCAGCAAAGCACUCCUGGAGGGCGACGAAUACACAACGUUGCGGGCUCUCAUGAAGUUUGGGUUCGCAGAAUGGACGAUGGAAACCCUGCCGUUGUACUUUGGAACAGAGGAUCCACAAGACGGUCACUCGAAUUUACUGCAACCAUGGUGAAUAUCACUGGCGGCGUUCGCUAUGCAGUGCGAGAUCUUUUCCAGAGGCGCGAUCUCGGGUGCAUGACCAGAAGUUUUUCUCACGAACUGCAGCCAGACGAUGUGCUGGCUGUUGUUAUUUCUCGUACGAGCUGGUCGCACUGCCUUGCAUACACAUGCUGGUCGACUAUGGAACGGCCUAUGCGAUCUCCGUUUUCGUGGAUUGGGGUUAUUUGCUUUCUUGCAGCUGGUGUUUCUUACAGACAGCUCACCAGACGGCCCACUUCCUAUACAGGCGUCAGCGGCAUCUGUUGUGCCGAGCCUUCCUCGACUCCAUCGUGGAGCAGGCAGCGCGCAGUCCUCGCCUGCUUCGACCGCGGUGCCCCAGCAGCACAG